AUGGUGCGCCAUGGCGUUUUGAUCAUGGGACCCGCUGGAUGUGGGAAGAGCACCUUGUGCUACACAUUGCAGCAGCAGUACGAGGUGUCUAGACACCGUGUGGUGUGCAUAAACUUGGAUCCGGCAGCCGAGUAUAUGCCUUACGAGCCUGAUAUUGACAUAAGGGAGCUCAUCUCGGCGGACGAGGCGGCAGAAGAACUGCACUUGGGCCCUAACGGUUCCCUAGUUUUCUGUAUUGAGUAUCUAGAAAAGAACAAGGAAUGGCUGGAGGAAAAGAUCUUGACAACCUGUGAAGAUGACUUGCUUUUGUUUGACCUCCCCGGCCAGAUUGAGCUCUAUAUACACCUGGACGCCUUUAGACACAUCUUCAGCUACUUGGAAAGACAAGGCCUCCGGCUCUGCGUUGCCUACUGCCUAGACAUUACCUUUUUUUCUGAUCCCGCCAAGUCGAUCAGCGGUUCUCUCCUCGCCCUAAACGCGAUGCUCUUCUUCGAGCUUCCCCACGUCAACAUCUUCACGAAAUGUGAUUUGGUCGCAAAAGUAAACAUCACUAGAAAAGCCCGCAGACGCAAGAGAGAGAGCACCACCCCGGAGAACAUCUCCCACCACUCGGCUGAGCCACCACUGGCAGCCGGACCGAGUCAAGACAGUGCAGCAACUGGUCUCAGCACUGCCAGCAGCAGGGACGACUCGGAAGAAGAGCAUAGUGGAAGCAGUGAUGAAGAGGAAGGGAAGUGGGGCAGCCACUGGGCUGGGAGGUGGCUCGACUCUUCACCGUUUGGUCAGAGGAUCGAAGACGCCGAUGCCGACGAGACAGAAGAAGAUGUCGUUGUCGAGCAGCUGCUAGCCAAGGACGUGCAAGAUAUCGUGGAAGAGCUCGACGAGAACAUGCCGGCACGUUACCAAGAGCUGCACCGCGCGUUUGCUUCUGUCCUGGAGGAGUUCGGCCUCGUAUCCUUCUUCCCGCUAAACAUUCUUAAUGAAAACGCCAUUACCAGCUUGGGUGCUUUGUUGAGGAGCACGCUGCAGGCAGAUGAGGAGGAAGAACCGAGAAUGGAUUACGACUACCAGCAAGAAUAA